AUGUACCACUUGGUGUCGGGCUUGUACACACAAUUCACUAAAAAGCCUGUAUACAAUGUAUUGCUGAUCGGGUUCGAGGGCGCGGGGAAAACGUGGCUGUUGGAGCAGAUUCGGCACACCUACUUGAAUGGACGCGUUCCGUCAAAUCGUAUUGCGCCCACGAUCGGCCAGAAUGUGCUAGACUUGCCGUAUCAAAAAUGCGUCUUGCACUUUUGGGAUCUGGGCGGUGCAUAUGCCAUGCGCAAACUUUGGGAUCAGUACUUACCAGAUGCGCACGCCAUUGUUUGGGUUCUAGACGCGCUAUUAUGGGCGGAGGAUGCCCCUGUUCGGGACGAGACUGGCGGCACGUAUCGCGAGUCGACGCGUAAGUCACUCUUCCCUAUCGCCAGAGAAGCUGCGAUCAGGGGCCAGGCAGUCGUUGUGCUUAUCAAUAAGAUGGAUACCCUAGAUGUCCAGCACAAACAGGAAGAGGCACAGCCAGGGCACAUUCGAGAGCAUGUCGAGUCUUAUGUGCUGAAAGAAUGGGCCCAAUUCGCUGAUGCCUCUGAUAAUGUCGUCACACCGUGGUGGUCUUUCCACUGCGUUAGUGCCAUGGCAGCAACUGGACUCGACGAGGCACUCGCAGCCAUAUUUUCCACGGCCAAAAGAUCCAUACCCAUGCAAUGA